UGAGUAAAGUUCACACAGUGGAAGGUGAAGCGUGUGUUAAAGUUUGAGAGGCAGAGAUGUCACAGAAAACUAACAUGCAGUAUUUAAUCCGGUCCUAUAGGCCUACAGACAAGUCUGCGGUCAUCUCUCUCCUCCGCCUUGGGAUUCUGGAACACAUCUAUCCAGCCUUCUUCAAAGCCAUGAUGAACACGGAUCACAUCGGUGUGACUCUCAGCAUCUCCGUUGCAGGUUAUGUCCUUGGCGGAAGCUCCUACCUCCAGGCUUUGCUUUUUGGAGGAGCGUGGAUCAGUUUGAUUUACUAUUGCUGCUACGAUGUCUACAGCAGCUACCUCAAGAGAAGUCUCAAUGUGGAAAUGUCCGACAUUCAGGCCAACUUCCUGGAUAACCCUGCGAGUAAUUUUUGGGUGGCUGAGAUGGAUGUGAAUGGGACAUCAAAGGUGGCCGGGCUGCUGGCUGUAGUUGGUGUUCAGAAUGGAGUAUUAUGCAACAGGAACGACGGUUGUGAACAGGCAGGUGGCAUCUUUCAGUUGAUCGUGUCCUCUCCUCAGCGUCGUAAUGGUCUGGGAAUCCAGUUGGUGGAGACCGCUGUGGAGUUUUGUAAGGAACAGGGCUUUUCUCGUGUGGUUGUGGAAAUCAGCUUACCACAGACAGCGGCUCUUUCACUGUUUCGCAAACUUGGAUUCACUGUGACUUCCACAAACAAUAAUACACCCUCGAACCCUUGGGUAUCCAAAUUGGCAAGGAUCGAUAUGAUACGAAUGGAAAAGUAUCUUUAAAUGUCAUGUUAACUGUUAAAAAAUAUAGAUAAGUGCCUUAUUUAAGUAAACUUUUGCAGGGUAGUGUUAAAUAUGUGGUGUUUUUGUGAUAUCUAUUGUGAUAUGAGAACAAA